AAACCAAAAACCAAAAACCCCCAAAGAAAUACACCACGCACUUUCAGCACGAGUUCUCCAGCGUUCGUCCCCAUCCUGCAUUACCAUGAAGCGUUUUUAUUCAGGCGCAAACUCGGCGUACAAGUAUACACACAUCUUUCUUUCUCUUCCUCGCCAUAUAUCUCGCCAUCUAAGAGCAGCAUUGCGCAUGAGCGGUUUGUUCUUUUCACAUGCGCCUUGUUGUUUUUUUGUUUACUCUUUUGGAUCUAAUAUCCCCCGUCGUCGUAUUGUUUUUUUGGGGGGGGGAGGGGGGACCAAUUGGAUACAUACUACGCAAACUACGCAUAUUUCGUUGUCAUUUUUUUUUUGGUUUUGCGCUUUUGUAGCGGAUGGUUGAGUAUGGUAGUGGAUAUAGCUGAUUUAAGUAUGGUUGAAUAAAUACAUACGUGUAAUCUACUGCAGUUUCCGAAAGGCAUGCGGACGCGAGCGUUGAGUGACGUCGAGUGAUACGGGCUCCAUGACAAGAUGGGAAAGUACUCGAACAGAUAGUCAUUGUCUACACAGAUAGCAGUUGUU